AUGAAAGGUGGUAGAACGUACGGCCAUCAACUGCUUGUGCUCUUCUUAAACAAGUGCUCGGGCCGAAACGGAUACUCUGCGAAACCUGUUUCCGUGUUUUCGGCAAAGAGGUCCGGGAACACCGGAAAGACUGAAACUAGUUACCGGCCUUUUCGGCAAGCGCGCGGCUGCUACCGCAAGCUGUACUGGGGCCAUGACAAGCCGCUUCUGCUACUGCUGUUGUCGUACACCUUGGCGACCAGCGCCUCCGUCGCCAUGGCGGCGAGUCACGAGCUCAUCCACAGCCGCAACCCUGUGCACCUGGCGACGGCGUGGAUGUUCCUUGCGCUGUACUGGUGGUACCCGUACUACAGGGCCCAUCUGCAGCACCACCUGCACGUCUGCACCCCCCCCGACUACACAUGCGCCCCCAAAGGCCAAGACUUCUAUUCGUUCUUUUUGCCGUACUACGCCGGCAGCUACAAGGAGGCCUGGCAUCUGGCGGUUCAGGAGUGCAACCGGGCAGGCAAGUCGAAAUUCAGCCCCCAUAACAGGCGAGCGGCACUGACGGUCGCCAUGUACGGCAUUUUUGGUCCAGUAGCCAUCGCCGUACACCUGACCUCUAAUUUCAUCCUGCUGGUCUACAUGGCGGUCUUUGACUACAUUCUACAUUACGGCCUUGUACGGCAGCCGAUGCCGGGCAAUUCACGCCGCUACACACCCAUCACGCCGUACACAAGCUGGAACUCGCUGUAUGCACUGGAGGUAACGCAGAAGGGGAUGACAAACGGCGUGUUGUUUAACGUACUCCUCCACUCCGACCACCACCUGCACGGUGUGAAGAGCUACCGCGUGUUGCGGCCGCCCCCCGCACCCCCCGGAGGGGCGGUCUGCGGCCCGUGCUUCCCUGGGCCGGUGAAUCUUCUGGCUCUGGCCGUGUUCGUGCCGCCGCUGUGGAUGGCCCUCAUGGACACACGAGCCGACGAAGCCAACGCCAAGCAUAUGGAGUAUCUGGGCCUUACGGGUACGACAACUGCGGAGCUGGCAGCGGUGUCGGGGUAA